UGCUUGAAAAGAAAUUUACAUUCUUUAAUUUGUUUUGACUCAAGAACAUUACUUUUUCCCUCUAAGUCUAAAUAAAACACCCCUCUCUCUCUCUCUCUCUCUCUCUCUCUCUCUCUCUCUCUCUCUCUCUCUCCAAAAUACAGUUUUGACAUCUUGUCUGAAAACUCUAUAAUCCUUUACUCUUUUUCUUUUGUACAUAGAAAAACAAAAUACAGAGGAAUCAAUCAACAACAACCAUGGCAGCCAACAAGUUUGCAACCAUGUUACACAGAAACACCAACAAACUCACCCUUGUUCUUGUCUACGCAAUCCUCGAAUGGAUUCUCAUAAUUUUCCUUCUUCUAAAUUCCCUUUUUUCAUAUCUAAUCAUAAAGUUUGCUGAUUAUUUCGGUCUCAAAAGACCCUGCAUGUGGUGUGCUAGAAUUGAUCAUUUCUUAGAGUCUGGAAAAACCAUGAACCCUUGCAGAGAUCUUGUUUGUGAAGCUCAUGCUGUUGAGAUUUCCAAACUGGGAUUCUGUUCAAAUCAUCAUAAACUUGCUGAAUCAGAUGAUAUGUGUGAGGAUUGUUCAGUUUCGGUUUCGUUUUCGUCGAAGCCGAAUUGUGUUGAGUUGUCGAAAAGUAUUGAUUUUUUUCCAUGGAUGAAGGAGAUUGAUAGGAUUGAAGGUGGUGAUGGGAAGGUUGUUGAGAAAGAUGAAGAGGGUUUGAGGUGUUCUUGCUGUGGUGUUAAUUUUGAUAACAGGUUUUACCCUCCUUGUAUUGUGAUUAACCCUUCUAUGAACAUUUUGGAAAAUUUGGAUGUUGGACAGAACUUAGAGAAGGUGAAUUUGAUCAAGGAAGGUGUGCUUGUUUCAGAAGAUGAUCAUUGUUUUGAUCACAGUAGAUCAGGUUUUUCAGUUGUUCAUCAUGAGAAUCAAGAUAAGGUUGAAGAAAAAAGUGGAAUUCAUAUGUUGGUUGAGGUUGAGGAGAAUUGUGCUUGUUCUGUUUGUGAUGGUGUUAAGGAAACUAUGGUUGAUGAUCUGUACAAGCUUGAAAUUGGUUUAGAGAAAGGGGAAGAAACAGUGGAUGAUGAAAGGUUGAAAUUGGUUGUUCCAAAGGCUAAGGAUGAUGAUGAUGAUGAUAAAGCUUGUGAUAUGAGUAGUGUUGAAGUUGAGAAAAUUGAGAAAAUCGAGGAAAUUCAGACGAAACAUCUUGAUUUUUUCAUUCAUGGUGAUGAUUGCAGGUUGAUUCCUGUUGAGUUGGUUGAUUCCGGUGCCACAGAAAAUGGAAACCAAAGUAGAUAUAACAAGGUGGCGGAUGAAGGGUUUAGAGAUAAUGAAGAUUUUAUUCUUGACUUUGAUAUGAAUAAUACCGAUGCUGAAGCUGAACCGUUAAUUGAGAAUUGGCGCAUUUCAGAUGCAGAAGCUGAACCGUUAAUCGAGAAUUGGCGCAUUUCAGAUGCAGAGGCUGAACCAUUAAUCGAGAGUUGGCGCAUUUCAGAUGCAGAAGCUGAACCGUUAAUCGAGAAUUGGCACGUUUCGGGUGAUAUUGUGGCGGAAUUUUCAUGUCAAGAGAAGAAAACUUUCUACAGGGUCAAUGAGGUUGAUGAAUCAGGGUUACAAGUAGAACAAAAUUUGGAGCAGAAUCAAGAUGAAGACUUGACCAAGGAUGAUAAUGUUGAAGAAAACGUAGAGAGAAUGAUGCAUGGAGAUGGAGAACUAGGUUCAUAUGUUUCUCUAGCUUCUGAAGAUGCAUCACAAACUCAAAGUGAGGAAUUUGAAGCAGAAGUAUCAAUUGGAACUGAAAUUCCUGAUCAAGAACAUGUGGAUGAGUAUCAAGGCCAAGAUAUACUUUUCGAAACAAAUCAAAGAACGCAAGACGAUUCAUCUACUAGCUCAGUCAGAUUUUAUGUUCCACAUGAUAGUGGUCAUGACAAAGGUGAAGAAGAGUUUGUAGAAUUCAACAGCAUGUCGCUUGAAGUGAGAAUGCCAACAUCGAGUAACCAUAUGCCAUCAUCUUUUGAGCUUAGUGAGAAUGACGAGGAAAAGUUUUCUGACACCCCGACGUCUCUUGAGAAUCUUCAUCAACUACACAAGAAAUUACUUUUUCUUGAGAGGAAAGAGUCAGGAACAGAAGAUUCAUUGGAUGGAAGUGUAAUAAGCGACAUAGAAUGCGGUGAGGUGACGUUUGAGAAGUUAAAAUCAGCGUUGAAAUCGGAAAGGAAGGCUUUGAAAACUUUAUAUGCAGAACUCGAAGAAGAAAGAAAUGCGUCUGCUAUAGCGGCCAAUCAAACAAUGGCAAUGAUUAAUAGGCUUCAAGAAGAGAAAGCAGCAAUGCAGAUGGAAGCUUUGCAGUAUCAACGAAUGAUGGACGAACAAUCCGAGUACGAUCAAGAGGCUAUGCAGCUUUUGAAUGAUCUCAUGUUAAAGCGGGAAAAAGAGAAGCAUGAGGUGGAAAAGGAACUUGAAGUGUAUAGAAAAAAGGUUCAUGAAUAUGAGGUAAGAGAAAAGAUGAUGUUAUCGAGAAGAGAUAGUAGCAUAAGAAGCAGAACUUCAUCUCUUUCUUGUAGUAAUGCUGAGGAUAGUGAUGGAGUGUCCAUUGAUUUCAAUCAAGAAACAAAGGAAGAAAAUGGUUUUCACAGCAAUCAUCAAGAAUGCAGCAACCAGAACACUCCGGUAGAAGCUGUCUUAUAUUUGGAGGAAUCGUUAUCAAGUUUUGAGGAAGAGAGGUUAUCGAUACUCGAACAGCUGAAAAUAUUGGAAGAAAAGCUAAUUAUAUUGAAUUAUGAAGAAGACCACUGCUUUGACGAUGAUACUACAUCGAUAGAACAUCUUCGUGAAGAGAACGGAAACGGAUAUCAUCAUGAUGGAGAUCACGAUCAGGAUGAUCACCAAGGUCAGGCAAAUGGAUUUGUAAACGGUAACGGAAAGCAUCAUCAAGGAAGAAAAAUCACGGCCAUAAAAGCCAAGAGGCUUCUUCCACUUUUCGAUGCAAUCAGCACAGAAACAGAAGAUGUAGAAUUGAGUGGAGAUGAAAACGAUUUAGACUUUUCUCAGUUGCAAAAUAUUUCGGCUGAAAAGGAAAACUUGGAUAAGAAAAAGGUUGGUUUAGAAGAGGAGAUUGAUCAUGUUUAUGAGAGACUUCAGGUGCUGGAAGCAGAUAGAGAGUUUCUAAAGCAUUGUAUCAGUUCAUUGAGGAAAGGCGAUAAAGGGUUAGAUCUUCUACAAGAAAUUUUACAGCAUCUACGCGAUCUAAGGAAUGUGGAACUCAGAGUCAAGAACACAGGCGAUCUUGCAGUGUAAAAAAAAUCUACGCGUUCAACUCUACCGAAGAUAUGAUAGAUUUGUUAUAUUGUAGUUGAUCAACAUGCUGCAAACCAAGCAUACACGAGUAGUUUCUCUACAACAUAUACACAAGACAAGACACCACAUUGCAUGCAUCACUUCAAAUUUAACAACAAAAAAAAAAAUCAGUAGGAUUCCCCAAUGGAGAAGGGAGAAUCCUGGCAGUAUGGUCUGUUUGAUACAAUAUGGUGGACAAGAAAAACUAAGUCUGCUAUUUGAUAUUUUUGGUUUCAUUUUCUUUGUCCAAGUGGGCCCAAAUUUUUGUGGGUAGUGUCCAUCAUGAUUACCUUUAUGAAAAAGGAAGAUGAUGAAUAUAUGUGUGUGUAGGGUAGUGAGGUGAAGACAAGCUGUCAGUUGUAUUUUGUGAGGAAAAAACCUGGCUUGCAAAGCUGGACAGAUUCAUAUAAAAUUAUUCCAGUGCCAGGUACAUAGAAUUUAGUUUAUUAUAGAGACAGAAUUAAUGUCACUAGUUUUGUCAUUUUUUUAUUUUUUUUGUUGUUUUUUGAGGUAAGAGUGAAGAUUGAGGUAAGUAGCCUCUUUCUCAUUUUUUUGUAUUAUUGCAUCCUAUGAGGUUUGUUUUUUUCUCUAGACAAAAAAGCUGAGUCACUUGUAUACUACAUGUAUGUAUUCAUUUGUAAUUAUUAUAAAAACAAAAGUGAGUGUUUGUUUAUAUA